AUGCACUUGAUAAAUGCGGCGGCCGUUUUAUCGGUGGCAAUCAGAAACAGCGGCGGCGGCGGCGGAGCAUUGGGCGCCGAGAUAGAGUUCGGCACGGUGUGGUGGUUCGUGUAUGCCGGCAUAUCGUGCGUGCUGGUUCUGUUCGCCGGGAUAAUGUCGGGCCUGACAUUGGGCCUCAUGUCAUUGGGCCUAGUCGACCUUGAGAUCCUCCAGCGCAGCGGCACCCCGGACGAAAAGAAACAGGCUUCUGCUAUACUUCCUGUUGUUCAGAAACAGCAUCAGCUUCUUGUGACUUUACUUUUAUGUAAUGCUGCUGCAAUGGAGGCACUUCCGAUUUACCUAGAUAAGCUUUUCAAUCAAUAUGUUGCAAUUAUACUGUCGGUGACGUUUGUUUUAGCGUUUGGAGAGGUUAUCCCUCAAGCAAUAUGCACGAGAUACGGACUUGCGGUUGGUUCUAAUUUCGUGUGGCUUGUUCGUGUUCUGAUGAUCAUUUGCUAUCCGAUUGCUUACCCAAUUGGCAAGAUACUGGAUUGUGUUCUGGGGCAUAAUGAGGCGCUUUUUAGACGAGCUCAGCUGAAAGCUCUGGUUUCUAUCCACAGCCAGGAGGAGGGUAAAGGCGGUGAACUCACUCAUGAUGAGACAACGAUCAUUAGCGGAGCAUUAGAUUUGACGGAGAAGACUGCUGAGGAGGCCAUGACACCGAUCGAGUCGACAUUUUCACUCGACGUGAAUUCAAAGCUAGACUGGGAGGCAAUGGGUAAGAUUCUGGCUCGUGGUCAUAGUCGUGUUCCCGUUUAUUCUGGGAAUCCUAAGAACAUCAUUGGACUUUUACUGGUAAAGAGUCUUCUCACAGUAAGACCAGAAACCGAGACCCCAGUCAGCGCUGUUUCUAUUCGUAGAAUCCCACGUGUCCCAGCAGAUAUGCCCUUAUACGACAUACUUAACGAGUUCCAAAAGGGCAGCAGCCACAUGGCAGCUGUUGUGAAGCCCAAGGGCGAAAGAAAAAGGCAUUCGCAAACUAUUAUGGAGAAAUCCGAAGAGAAUGAGGUCAACAAUGGAAAUUCAGACUUAACUACUCCUUUGCUGUUGAAUAAAGAUGACAAUGUGUCGAGUACUGUAGUUGUGGAUAUCGACAAGGUCUCGAGAAAUAAUUUAGUGUCUAGUGAUGACUCUGAAGAAGGUGAAAUUAUUGGCAUUAUUACUUUGGAAGAUGUGUUUGAAGAACUUUUGCAGGAAGAAAUUGUUGACGAGACGGAUGAAUAUGUUGACGUACACAAAAGGAUACGUGUGGCGGCAGCUGCAGCCGCCUCAUCAGUCGCGCGGGCUCCUUCGCUUCGCAGAUUAACGAGCCAGAAAGUACCCAAGCAAGGGCAGCCGGCGAGAAAACCUGGUGAAGACGACUCCACUUCGGCCAGAAAGACCACACAACUCCAUUUCCUAAAAAACAAUCCAAAAAAUAAUGAUAAAUUUUCAUUCUCGAUCGUCAAACCUCACGCCUUCCAACUUCAACCUGAUGAGAAUAACCGAGCAUCUCCACACGAUGUAGAGCCGUGUUUGUUGCUCCUGAAUGUAACGCGAACACUUCCUCCACGUGACCGCCUGCUUCUGCACCCGAGCCGAGCCCAUGAUGAUGAUGAUAAUGGUUCGACUUUUUUCGGAAACUUUUGUUUGCAGAAUUGA